CGCCAAUUGACGCCGCCAGUGAAGUGAACGCAUAUAUUUUUGCAGGCAUUUUCAUGAAAGUACGGAAACACUAUACAACUGAAUAAGGACUCUGAAACGACCUAUUUGUGUGGUUUUCUCCUCUUACCGGAUAUUAAAGUGCAAGGUAAGGCAUAUUAAAGUUUAUCAUAGAGGUAAGUUGUCUGAAAACGGUAUCUUAUGUUUUGAUACACUUGAUAGCCUAUGAAUACAUGUUUAAAUGCUGUUAUUUUAACUGUAAAGUUGUUUUCUUGAGAAGGCUUCUAUAAAGCCCACAGGCAAAUCCCUGGUCUUGUUGUUCAGGUUAAACCUGAUGUAUUCGCUUGCUCAGGCUAUUUACAAUCUGUCAUAGCCGCCAACAACAAUAACAUAACAGAUUUUUUUUUUACAUUAAUUCAUCUACUCUGCCGUAAUGCUGCCAGAGUGCUUAUGUAGGCAAUGUGUCUUUCUUUACUUUUCACAUCUGGUUUAGCUGUAUAUCUGGGUGACAGGUGCAUGCUCUUAACUCUUUCCUCAUUCUGUUUAAUAAACACAACUUUGUCGUUUUCAGUCAAAGUGUUCAUUUUCGAAACUAUUGGCCUUAAACUAAUUAGUAGGCCUACACAAAUAUCUAAGUGUAUAAUAUUUACAGUAUGUGUUGUAGGACAAAAUCCCUGACUCUGUUUAUGCAUCUUUUUAUGGUUAAUCUAACAGACUGCAAAUACAGACGCAACUUUUUUCCUUUAGAGAUGAACUGUUUAUCUGUUCACUGUGUCCCUGCUUUUUCUAGCACCUGUCACUCCUCAGUAUGACUGAGCCUGCUGAGCUGAUGAUCAUCAAGGACCAGUAUGAGUUGGCGUUUCACUCUCUGAGCCGGGGGCUGGCUGCUGAAGAGGCCGGGAAAAAAGCUGAGGCCCUGGAGUCUUACCGGAAAGGCAGACAGCACCUCACCCAAGGCUUGGGAGUUCCCACUGGGGGGAAGAGGCAUCAGGGAGCAUUCUGGGAUACAGCCAGGCAGCUUCAGCAGAAGAUGAGGGACACUCUGAGGACUGUUACCACCCACCUCUCUGACAUGGAGACCUCUCAGCAGACCACAGGAGCACAGAGAGGCGGCCUAUUGAUGGAUCUACCUCUCAGUCUUUAUCCUGACCUGGCACAGAGCAGCCAGCCCCCCCACAGCUCCCUCCACCGUCUGUACCCCACCGUACCUACCACUAUAGAGAGCACAACCCCAAACCUCCCUCCUAGGCCUCUUACCCCUGCUGUUUUGCACACGUUCCCUGCAGGAACCAUGGCUAACCCAGGGGACCAGCCUCCAGCAUACAGCCCCCAGCCAACUGUCGGCCACCGCAGCCUGUUUUAUAGUUCUGCUGGAGGCGGCUUCGGGCUCGGAAUGCAGACCGGGGCAUCAGCAGGAAAAGAUGGAAACGAGAUGCUUUACAUCCCCUCUGGGGUGCAGAUGUUUUUCGUGGCAGCGAAUGGGCAAGUGAGCGCCCUGUCUUACCCAGGCUUCCUUCGCAUCCUCACAUUUGAAAAUCAGCACACAAAUUCCAAUGGUGGAAGACCCUCAGCUUUCCUACAUGUGUGUGACUGUCUGUACCCGCUGACAACAGACACUCCAGUGCUGUUGGCUAAUUCUGGGAUCUUCAUGUUCCCUGACGUCUUGUCAGCGACUCCAGGGUCCUACGUGGGCAUAGUGUUGUCCUCUGAGCUGCCUGCUGCCCACAGAGAGACGUUUAAGGACCUCAUCUCACAACUUGCUGAACUCAGGGUCCAGGGUCCGGAGGGGGAAGGUUCAGAGGUCAUCAACCUGAGUGAGAAAGUCCCCCUUGGUCCCACCAAAGAGCUUGAAGGGCUCACAGUGCCAUCAGGGGAGAAGGACAGACCACCACUUCCUGGAUGGAGUGAGAAGAUGGCACAAGGAAUCUUGACAGGAGCUACACGGUUGAGUUUAGGGUUAGUAAAAGGAGCCGAGGCCACUGGAAGGGCCGUUCAUAGAGGAGCAGCCAAGAUCCGGGACCACAUCACGCCCGAGGAAACUGCUUCAGAGGUCAGCCCCCAUGUCACCAAAAGUCUGCAGGUGGCUAAACAGGCCACCGGGGGGGCUGUGAAAGUCAGCCAAUUCUUAGUUAAUGGAGUGAGUACAGUGGCAGGACACAUGGCAGACAAGAUGGCUCCCCAUUUGAAGAAACAGGGCGCUAAGCUGGUCCCAGAGUCUCUGAAGAAGAAUAAAGAUGGCGGCCCUUCCAACUGGGAGGGAGCCAAGUUAGUGGCAGCCAGCAGUGUACAAGGUUUCUCUACUGUUUGGUCUAGUAUGGAGACCGGAGCGAAGCUGGUUGGCAAAAGUGUUUCAGCCGAGACUGUCACAACUGUGACGUACAAGUAUGGUAAUGAUGCAGGAGCAGCUACAGACACUGCUCUCAAAUCAGCGAUUAAUGUUGGUGUCACUGCAUACAACUUUGACAAUCUGGGCAUAAAAGCCUUCUUGAAGACUGCUGGGAAGCAGACAGCCAAAGCCAUAGUCAAAGGCCCGGGAGGACAAGCUGAAGGGAAGGAGGCGCAGAAACGAGAACAUCAAGCAGAGUCAGAUGGGAAGGAAAAGCAGAAGAAAGAGGAAGAGAAGAAAAAAUAGACAUGACACAGGACAUUUGUUGCAUGUUGAUAAAUAGCACAAAUAUCGAAGUUAGCCCAAGUGAAAGUGCAAUUUUACUUAAGAAGCUGUUAAAAAGCCUAAGUAUUUUAAUAGGAGCUGUCAGGGGCCGGAGGAGAUUCGGUCUGCAAACAGUUUUUGUAGGUCAAAACUUACUUUAAAAUGGCUUUUUUGUGAUUUAUUUAUGUUUAAUGACAUUCUGUUUGUUCUCUCUGUCUCUAAAAAAAUGUAUGGCUUUUAUUUAAUCUCCUUCUCUUUGUGUUUUAAAUGUUUUCUGUUCAAAUCGUAAAGCACUUUGUUACUGCGUUUGCCUGCAUUGGUUUGGGUUACGUGAAAUAUUUUGUGGUAGUAGCCUAUGUUAGGUUUUUUAUUAUGUAGUAGGCCUACUUACUAUCACAUGUUGUGUACUUUAGGCCUAAACAUUAAGCAUCUUUAGUCGACAAACAACAAUUGUAUAUUGACCAUCUGUACUUUAUAUAGGCCUAUUUAUGAUUUGAGUGAACCUGGUUAUGAUAAUGAAAACCAGAAAACAAAUGUAAUACAUUACCUUUUUUAACUUAACAUUUAUCCAUGAUUACCAGAGUUGUAUUUUUUUAUUUUUCGAAAAGUGAUGUUAUAGAGGACAAAAACAAACAACAGAAAUAUCAGAGCUCUUUUUCGUCAUUUGCAUGUUGUUUUUUCAAUUAUAAAAAUAUAUAAUAGC